CCCUAGAGGUCAACCGGUCGUAUACAAGGAAAUUAACGAUUUAAUCUUACUUUUGGUUUCGACUACCCGUGUAGGUAUUGUAAUCCUUCGCUUCAAAAUUGGAUCAAGAUGACUGAUUUCUUCAGCGUUUUACUGAAAAUUUCAGACGAUCUACGUGAUGACAAUUUGGAAAAAAUGAAGUUCCUUUGUCAAGAAUUAGGGAAAAGGCGUCUCGAGAAAAUUGACAGUGGCAUUAAACUUUUUCAAGAAUUGAUGCAGCGUAAAGAACUUGGACUUAACAACACGGAACCUCUUAAAAUACUUUUGAACAAAAUUCGUCGGGAAGAUCUCGCUGAGACAUUGAAUAACUUUGAAAGUCAGUCUCAUGGACCACAUACAAAUCUACCGGACAAAACGGAACAAGCCAAACUUAAAGCUGCAAGAAAAGUAAUCAUGGCCCAGCUUGGGAGGAAGUGGCGGAUGUUGGGCCGGAGGCUGGGCCUGACAGAGGCCAUGCUGGACGGCGUGGUCACCAAGCACCGCGACGUCCUGGAGGAUCAAGUGGCAGGGAUGCUGUGUGUAUGGGAGAAGAGCCAGGGUGCCGAGGCACAGGCGGAUGACCUUGUACGAGCCCUUAGGAGCUGUGACCUGAACCUGACUGCUGAUCUGGUGGUGAAGGAACUGGAAAAGCUCAAAGGAGAAUGAGGAGGAAGAGGACAAGAAGAGAAGAGGAGGAAUAAAUUAGUUUGAAGAAGAGGAGGAGGAGGAUACAAAGGCGAGAGAACUAAAGGGGCUUAAUAGGUUACCCAGAGUCCUAGUAAUUCCAUCUCAACCAUGUGUGCUGUUUCUGAUUAUUUGGUGCUGCUUUGCUUGGAUGUUUGAAUGAGAAAGAAAGUAAUAGAAUGGA